UUUACAUUUCGUCAAACGUUUUUAGUAAUGAAAUAUUUAACGUUCCAUAUCGAUCCUAAAUUGAGUAGGUUUCAGGCCACAAAAGUGGCACUCUGACAAUUUUAGUGCAUUAGUCUUAAGGUUACAAUGUCGGAGUGUGAAAACAAAGCAAAGGAAGCGAAAACUGUGUACAAAUUAGAUUGCAGUAUAUGUUUAAGUGCUUUCAAAGUUCCAAAACUUUUACCAUGUUACCAUACAUUUUGUCUGCAGUGCCUGGAGGAGUACGUACUUAGAAAUGGUCGAGAAGGAAAAUUUGAAUGCCCACUAUGUCGUGUUAGUACAGUGACACCGAUGGGUGGGGUAAAGGCGUUUCAGUCCAAUUUCUACAUAAAGCCUGGAGAUAUGUCGAGCAAUGAAAUAGACUGUGAUAUUUGCGGCAGUGGACAUGAUGUCACUCAUUAUUGCACUGACUGCGAGGAACAUUUUUGUGAAAGGUGUGCAACUGCUCACAUGAAAAUGAAGGUCUCGCGUGAACACAAACUAUUACAGUUGGAUAACUGCAUCGAGGGGACAGAUGUUAACAUUCGUAAGAUACAGAAAAAAUCUUAUUGUCGUAGUCAUACUAGAGAUGAAAUCAAGAUGUUUUGUAAAGACUGUAACUCACUUCUCUGUGUUGUUUGUAAAUUGACUGAACAUGAAAACCAUAACACACUGGGCAUUGCCGAAAAGGUACAUGAGAGACGAGCAAUCUUGUCAACUAAACUUGCUGAGACAAAAAGCAUAGUUGACAAACUGAAGACAGAUAUUUUAACAGCAGACAAGUUUUUAACGAAAACUGACCUUAACCGGGAAUCUAACAUCGCUGACAUAAAUAAGCGAGUAGAGAAUGUUAUUGCAGAACUUCAAGAGAAUGCAGAAAAAUUGAAACAAGAGAUAGUAGAAAACAGCAAGAAUGCAAAGAUCUACUAUUUACAGGAACGAAAAGAAUUACAAAGCAAAAUCAUUGAAGCUCAAGGUAUUGUUGAUCAUACCCAGAAUGUUCUUGAUUUUGGAGAUGAUAAUGAGAUUUUGGGCGCAGGACUGUACACAAAGAUGGAGUCAAUUAUAUCAAGAAAAUAUUUUCCAUUGGAAGAUUAUGAACACAUGACAUUUAAAGCUGGUGUAUCAAGUAUACAGAUUAAUAUGAUCGGACAGAAUGUUUCUAGGAAAAAGGCACAGGGCACACGUAAACUGAAUGAGAUAACUGGGAAUAUACCAAAUACCAGAAAUGCCCAUACCAUUUCAGUGUGGCCAGAUAGACUAUUUGCAGCAUUCUCAGACUAUGGCAAGCUAUAUUACCACAACUGGAAAACAUCAAAAGCGGAAGAAUUUCUGGUACUGGACAACUACUCGGAUCAAUGCUUAGAUUUGAAGUUUAUUGAGGGUGACGUAUAUUUUACAAUGUGGAAGUCCAUUUAUAAAUUUGAUACAAUGGAAAGGGCUAAAACAAAGUUGAAAACUUUCGAUAAAUACCCACACAGCGUAGCAUAUGUUUCCUUAGGCAGAAAGGUCUUGAUUUGUCUACUGAAUAGUCCAAACGUAUUUUCAUUCGAAGCAUGUGAAGGUUGUGUGAUUUCUAUGAAUCUGGUAGACUAUAAACAUUGUGUAUGGAAAAAGAAGGAGACACCUGGUCCUACAUGUGUAGCUGUAAACGAAAAUGACGGAACAGUGUGUCUUGCAUAUCCAGCCGCUCACAAAGUAGCACUACAUGCACCAAAUGGGGACAUUUUAUCAGAGUUCACUGGCGUAGGAUGUUAUGGCAACCCGGAAUUGUUUUGUCCUGUCAGUGUUUGCUUUCACAAACAGUGCUGCAUUAUUGUUGCAGACUACGGAAAUAAUGCUGUGAUAAGAAUCGACAUGUUUGGCAGUUACAUGCAGUGUCUGAUUGAGGAGAAGGCGCCUAUGUGUGUGGUAUUUUCAGGAGAGGACCAACUGUUCGUAGGGUGUAGUGAUAAAAACAUUACUAGGUAUGCUCUUAGUGCAUAGCUAAUACCUUGUAGUUCACUGAAAUGUAUGAUGUGAAUUUUUAACACAAGUGGUUAACAAUUUUCUAUACAAAACAGAGAUGUGCGUGAAAUUAGCCAGAGCAGCCAGAGUAGCCAGAGUAGCCAGAGUUCAGCCAGAGUUCGGCCAGAGUUCAGCCAGAGUAGCCAGAGUUCAGCCAGAGUUCGGCCAGAGUUCAGCCAGAGUAGCCAGAGUUCAGCCAGAGUUUAGCCAGAGUAGCCAGAGAAGUCAAAACUCUGGUUACUCUGGCUAGCCAGAGUAGCCAGAGUUCAGCCAGAGUAGCCAGAACUCUAGUUACUCUGGCUGGCCAGAGUAGGCAGAGUUCAGCCAGAGUAGCCAGAACUCUAGUUACCCUGGCUGGCAAGAGUAGCCAGAGUUCAGCCAGAGUAGCCAGAACUCUAGUUCACAAAAAACCAACCAUUACUAGGUAUGCUCUUAGUGCAUAGCUAAUACCUUGUAGUUCACUGAAAUGUAUGAUGUGAAUUUUUAACACAAGUGGUUAACAAUUUUCUAUACAAAACAGAGAUGUGCGUGAAAUUAGCCAGAGCAGCCAGAGUAGCCAGAGUAGCCAGAGUUCGGCCAGAGUUCAGCCAGAGUAGCCAGAGUUCAGCCAGAGUUCGGCCAGAGUUCAGCCAGAGUAGCCAGAGUUCAGCCAGAGUUUAGCCAGAGUAGCCAGAGAAGUCAAAACUCUGGUUACUCUGGCUAGCCAGAGUAGCCAGAGUUCAGCCAGAGUAGCCAGAACUCUAGUUACUCUGGCUGGCCAGAGUAGGCAGAGUUCAGCCAGAGUAGCCAGAACUCUAGUUACCCUGGCUGGCAAGAGUAGCCAGAGUUCAGCCAGAGUAGCCAGAACUCUAGUUCACAAAAAACCAACCCUGACAGAAUCCAAAUAGUCAACAAUCUUCUCACACCUUUCCAAUAUAGCUUCCGUUCCAAACACAGCUGUGAGGUUCACCUAUUAUCCUUUAAAGAAGGAACUUUUGACAAUAUCCAAUCUGGAAACAAACAGGUCUCAUUGUAAUGGAUUUCUAGAGAACUUUCGACAAGAUUCUCUAUAAAAUCGUGAAACUUUGUGUCGAUAGAAUCUCUCUAUCCUGGAUUCAAUUUCCUUAGUAACCUUUCUCAAUCUGUAGUAAUUGAAGGCUCACACACUUUACCAGUUCUUUCAGGGGAUUCCUCAAGGUUCAGUGUUGGGUCCUUGUCUCUUUCUUUAUUUUAUCAAUGACCUUCCUGACUCUGUUAAAGGCAGAAUACGCUUAUUUGCUGAUGACACUAUCAUAUACCUCAACAUAGACUCGUUAACAGACUCUUACAAAGUUCAAGAUGAUUUGACAAAAUUAGAAUAAUGGGAACGUAACUGGUCUAUGGAAUUCAAUCCUGAUAAAUGCGAAGUAAUAGGAAUCUCAAAAAAAAAAAAAUCAUCUUACCAUAUAUAUUACUUAAUCAAGACCUAAAAACUACAGAAAAUGCUUCAUAUCUUAGUGAUGUCUUAACUUUGAAACACUUACUGAAAUAUUACAUCUUCAAAAGCUAGUAACACUCUCAGAUUUAUACAAAAAUGUGUACAAUUUUAUAACAAUAAUAUUAAAGAAACUGCCUAAAAACAUACGUUCGCCCACAAUUAGAAUACUGUAACACCAUAUUGCAUCCAUUGCAGAAAAAAACUUAGUAUAUGAGAUUAUUAUCAUUAUU